CCCCGCAAGUGCCCCUCCUACCUCCCCGCCCCUGCACCAUGCCCCACCCCCGCCCUCGCUGCUGGCUCCGCCCCUUCUCGCUGGCUCCGCCCCCGCCCCUCGCGCGAAGGAGCCCCGCUCAGGCUCCUCCCCUUGCCGCUGGGCCCCGCCCAUAGCCCCGCCCCUCCCGCGAAGGAGCCCCGCCCAGGCUCCUCCCCCGGCCGCGCACCCCAGCCCCGCCCGCGGGCCCAGGAUCAUUCGCAGCUGCUGGCUGCUCGCGUCUCGCCCCGCGCCGCCUGUUUUCCGCUUCGCGGCCCGGGUUACCGAGCGCGGUGCCCCUGCGGCGGGGAGGGCCGCGGGAGAAGGGCGCACGGCGUCCGGAGGGGCCGCAGGGCCGCGCGGACGAGCAGGAGCCCACUGAGGUCGCCCCCGCCCCGCGCGAUCCGGCGGGCAGCCACUCGCGGACGCGGGCGGCGAGCGGGCCCGGGGACAGCCCGGCCCCACGAUGGCUUCCACCACCACCUGCACCCGGUUCACGGACGAGUACCAGCUCUUCGAAGAGCUCGGAAAGGGGGCUUUCUCAGUGGUGAGAAGAUGUAUGAAAAUCCCUACUGGUCAAGAAUAUGCUGCCAAAAUCAUCAACACCAAGAAGCUGUCUGCCAGGGAUCAUCAGAAACUGGAAAGGGAAGCCAGAAUCUGCCGUCUCCUCAAGCACCCCAACAUCGAGUGACGGGCGGGGAACUGUUUGAGGACAUCGUGGCGCGAGAGUACUACAGCGAGGCCGACGCCAGCCACUGCAUCCAGCAGAUCCUGGAGAGCGUGAGCCACUGCCACCUCAACGGCAUCGUGCACAGGGACCUGAAGCCGGAGAAUCUGCUCCUGGCCAGCAAGUCCAAGGGGGCGGCCGUGAAGCUGGCAGACUUCGGCCUCGCCAUCGAGGUUCAAGGGGACCAGCAGGCAUGGUUCGGUUUCGCUGGCACGCCCGGGUACCUGUCUCCAGAAGUGCUGCGGAAGGACCCCUACGGGAAGCCGGUGGACAUGUGGGCCUGCGGCGUCAUUCUCUACAUCCUGCUGGUGGGGUACCCCCCGUUCUGGGACGAGGACCAGCACAGACUCUACCAGCAGAUCAAGGCCGGAGCUUACGAUUUCCCAUCACCAGAGUGGGACACGGUGACUCCCGAAGCCAAAGACCUCAUCAACCGCAUGCUGACCAUCAACCCCGCCAAGCGCAUCACCGCGUGCGAGGCGCUGAAGCACCCGUGGAUCUGCCAACGCUCCACGGUGGCCUCCAUGAUGCACAGACAGGAGACGGUGGACUGCCUGAAGAAGUUUAAUGCGCGGAGGAAGCUCAAGGGCGCCAUCCUGACCACCAUGCUGGCCACCAGGAACUUCUCAGCGGCCAAGAGUCUGCUGAAGAAGCCGGAUGGAGUGAAGAUAAACAGCAGAGCCAACGUGGUAACUAGCCCCAAAGAGAACGCCCCUGCCCCGGCGCUGGAACCCCAAACCACUGUGAUCCACAGCCCUGACGGAAACAAGGAGUCCACGGAGAGCUCCAACACCACCAUCGAGGACGAAGACGUGAAAGCUCGGAAGCAGGAGAUCAUCAAGGUCACGGAGCAGCUGAUCGAGGCCAUCAACAACGGGGACUUCGAGGCGUACACAAAAAUCUGUGACCCGGGCCUCACUGCUUUUGAGCCGGAAGCUCUGGGCAACUUGGUGGAAGGGAUGGACUUCCAUCGGUUCUACUUUGAAAACGCACUGUCCAAGAGCAGCAAGCCCGUCCACACCAUCCUCCUGAACCCGCACGUGCACCUGCUGGGCGAGGACGCGGCCUGCAUCGCCUACAUCCGGCUCACCCAGUACACGGACGGCGGCGGGAGGCCCAGGACCAUGCAGUCGGAGGAGACGCGCGUGUGGCACCGCCGGGACGGGAAGUGGCAGAACGUGCACUUCCAUCGCUCGGGGUCCCCCACGGUGCCCACCAACUAAGCGCCCGCGCCACGUCGGCCUCGUGUCUCAGGCACCGGACGGGACCCGGCCCGGGUGUCUGCGUGAGGCGUGAAGGCGGCCUGUGCCUGCGCCGCGUCUCGUCACCGCCCCUGCUGUCCGUGUGCACCCUGCGGACAGCUGCACACGGAGGCCGCCGUCCAGUCCCCGAGGACCGCCUGCUCCUCGUGUCUGUUCCUGCCAAGACCAGCGCCCCGCUGUCCCGGACGGCGUGCACGCGACAUGUACAUUUUUAACUCUGCUGUUCUCUGCCUGGGCUUGUUCAACAAAAAGGGCGAGAACCACGUGUUUCCUGGGGUGAAGUGGUGGCGGCCCGAGGGCCUGCGCUCCCUCCUGCGGGUCAGACGUCACGGAAAGGCCGCGUGGUCGCGUGGGAUCGCGCAGGCGGCGGGCGCUGCGGGACCGCUGGCUGCCCUUUUUGUUCCUCAGAUCUGCUGUUUUCUCUCAUUCUCCCGUUUCUAACUUUCCCACCUCCUCUUCGCUUCUGUCUGGUGUGUGAGACGUGGGGUGUGCGUAAACACAGUGAGAUCCCGCCCCGGCUGGAGGCCCCGCCGGCGGCUUCACCACCUUCCGGGCCCACAGGGUGUGGUCAGGGGCUCAGGGUUGUGAUUGGCGUGGAGUGGGGACCGGGAGGCGGCCAGGCCAGGUCCGCGCGGAAGCCCCAGGCAGGGCCGCCCGGUCACGUCCGACGUUGGAGGCCCAGAGCGGUUCUGUCCUCACAGCGCUUUGAACUUGGGGGUGUGACUGCGCUUCCCGGGGUCUCAGCCACCCUCCUGCGAGGAGGAGGCCUCCCUCAGGGCGAGGGCUGGGUGGGUGGGCCCCGCCCCGCUGUCCCCGUGUCUGUGCCGCCCAUGUGCAUGCCCCCGCGUGGCUCCCCUCACCGCCCGCCCCGCUCCCAGCGGGAGCAGAACCAGCAGCCGCCCCCCAUGCCCACCCUGCCGUGUCCUGGGUGCGGGAGGCGCCCCGGCCCUGCACAUGCCUGCACCGUGUACAUAUUCCGAGUGAGCGCAUCGCGUCUGUGAAGUGGCAGCUCCUCCGUGGGUCCCUCCCUCCUGUGACGCGGCUGCACAUGGACACGCGUGUCACACUCCGCGCGUGGCGCUCCGUGCCGCCAUCCGGAGGCACCGCAGCUGCCACGGGCCGCACACGACUCGCCAGGACGGUGAGGGCGCCUGAUAUUUAAGUUAAUAAACCUGUGAUUUCUGCUG